AUGGAAAUGAUGGCCCUGUCCUCGUUCAGCGUCCGCAAUCAAAGACCCGCAAGCGCUGUCCAUCAAGGCCAUCCACAACAGCGUUACCGUGCAGGAUGGGCAGGGCUAAACAUAAUCUUCAACAUCAAAAAGCAAAUCUGGUACCUGUCGCAAGGUACAACGCUCGAGGCCGGAACACUCUUCCUGACCGGAACACCUGCUGGUAUUGGCUACUUCCCAGGGACCAGAGUGGUUCUCAAAGAUGGCGAUGAAAUCUCUGUCAAGAUCGAUCAGAUCGGCACUCUCGUUAACAAGGUUCGAUAUGAAAGCCGCUGA